AUGAUCCCUCCAAGGCAACAGACUGCUUUGAAAAUCACCGCGGAAGGUCGCAUUGCCGCAAUCUCAUGUGCUCUCCCAUCCAUCCACGAUGACGAGUUGCUCGUUCGCGUGCGAAGCAUCGCUUUGAACCCGUUCGACGCCAAAUCGGCCGAGAUGUCACCUACAGUUGGCGCGACUCUGGGCUGCGAUUUUGCAGGUGAUGUAGUCGCCAUGGGAUCCCAGACCAAGAGUCGAAAUUUCAACAUUGGCGACCGAGUCUGCGGCUGGGUUUUUGGCAACAAUCCCAACCGCUUGGAUAAUGGGGCUUUUGCAGAGUAUACAGCUGUGCCCGCAGAUUUGGUAUUUCGAAUUCCCGGCAAGAUGAACUACAACGAAGCGGCUACGUUGGGUGUAGGGUUGGCUACCGUGGGCAUGUCGCUAUAUCACUGUUUACAAUUGCCAAUGGAGCCCGAGAGGACGCAGAAGUCGCCGUAUGUUCUGGUGUACGGUGGUUCGACAGCGACCGGGACGCUUGCAAUUCAGAUUCUUGCACGCUCGGGAUAUACUCCCAUCACCACCUGCUCACCACACAAUUUCCACCUCGUCCAAUCUCUUGGCGCGGUCGCAGCGUUCGAUUACCACUCUCCCACAUGCGGGCGCCAACUUCGGGAUUUGUCGUCUGGAACGAUCCACUACGCACUCGACUGCAUCACCGAUACUCGCUCCAUGGCCAUUUGCUACGAAGCCAUCGGACCAUCGGGCGGUCACUAUCUCAGUCUGGACCCGUUCCCCAUCCGAGGCCACACACGACGAAGCGUCAAACCAAAUUGGGUGCUGAGUCUGACCAUGUACAAUGAGCCAAUUCCGUGGAAGAGGCCGUUCAAGCGAGAUGCACGCCCUCAGGAUCGAGAGUUUGCAAAGGAAUGGUACCAGAUUGCUCAGAAGAUCAUCGAUGCGGGCGAGAUUAAGCCGCUGCAGUCGGAGGUCAGACCGAACAGUUGGACGGGUAUACCGAAGGGAUUGGAUCUCCUCCAGAGAGGAGAGGUUUCGGGGAAGAAACUUGUGUACGAAGUAGCGAGUCAUUGA